AUGUUGCGCGACUCGUGUUUCCGAAACACUGGGGACGCCCGGAGGCCCCAUGCCGCCUUCGACCGGGAAGGGGGCGGUCGAGAGACGAGGGCCCGUGGGGACACUGGGCGUCCGGCAGCGCCGGAGGUGCCGCAGGCCGAAGGCUUGCAGGCCACAAGCGAACAGCCUGUGCAGGAAGGCCAGGCCCGACCCGAGAGGCAGGUGGGCGGCCCCAGCGAGAUAUCGGUGCCGCUGGUGCAUGACAUAAUGGCGGUGGAGGCGCUGUGGGGCCUGGUGGAGGAGGAGGUUGAGGUGCCGGCCGCGGAAGAGGACACGCGCAUCGGCGGCGGCAGUGGCAGGGGAAGGGGACCAGGAGGAGGAGCAGGAGGAGGAAGGGAAGGCGUGGGAGCCAUCCAAGGGAGAGCAGAAUUGCAAACGGAGGAGGAAGAGGAGCAGGAGAAGGGAGCGCUGGAGGAGCAGCAGCAGGGCGAGGAGGAGGAGGAGGGAAAGGAGGACAAGGAGGAGCGGGAGGAGGAGGAGGAACAGAAGCCGAGUGAGCAGGAAGGCCGAUGGGUGGAAGAAGCCCAGGAGCUGCAGGUGAAGCAGCAGAAGAAGGAGCGGGUAGAGUCAGGCCUCCGUCCUUGCCCUUCCCCACUGGAGGCUCUGGAGGCCCUUCAGAUAGAGCUACAGCCGGUGAAUAAACAAGCCAGCCGGGAGCACGCUCGACUCCAACUCAGGAUGUGGCAGAGGCGGCAGCGUCAUCUGGAACAGAGAAGUGCCCUUAUCCAGGGCAUCCGUGGUUUCUGGGCCAAGGCUUUUGUGAACCACCCUCAGAUGUCAGCCCUGAUUAGUAAGCCCGAUGAAAGCAUGCUUCGCCACAUGACCAAUUUGAAGGUGGAGGAACACAAGUUUCCCAGGGAAUGCCGGAAGAUCCUGCUGUUUUUUGUCAAGAACUCCUACUUCCAGAAUGAAGUCGUUACGAAGGAGUAUGUCCUAGGCCUUGCUGGGUAUAGGGCGUCUCAUUCCAGUCCCAUCCAGUGGCACCCAAGGUACAGACAGGAGGCCUACAGACGCAGGCAUGACAACAGCAGCCUCAACUUCUUCAACUGGUUCUCUGACCACAGCUUUGCCGGCUCUAGCAGGAUUGCUGAGAUAAUCAUAGAGGAUCUUUGGCCCAAUCCCCUGCCGUAUUUCAAGAUGAAGGAGGCCCCAGGAGAGAGAACUGAGAGGGAAAGAGGGAUAUGCACGAUCUUGAGAAGAGUAUGAAGGAGCAUCGCACUUCAUCGACCCCAGUGGAAACCCUUCCGAUGCUCACCGAUGGUCCACAAGAUUCUCCUGCCCACGAAAUGAGGACAAGGGUGGUGGUGACACGUGGCGCAGGGCGGGGGUCCAAUACAUUUGAAGAAAUAUAGAAUGGG